CUCCAUACCUGCAAAAACAUCCUUCCGUGCGACCUCUGGCCACCGGAACACGCCCAACACCCGACAAGUCGCGACGUACCGUCUGUCGGUGCUCUUUUGUGCCUUGCACCCGCAGCAACCGCCUCCAGAGUCUUGACUACGCUGUCCCGCGCAUCGACAAACGCGUCGCAGCUUUUCAGUCGCGUUAAGAGGUUUCUCGAUCCAAGGCAAGGACAGUCGCCAUCAUGGCCCCGCGGCCCCGAGCCAGCGGCGCCGAUACGGACGCGUCCAUGUCCGACGCGCCCGACUACCAUCGUGGUGACGAGAUGGAAGUCGACGAGACGCCCGACUACACGGACUCCGACACCAAUCCAAACACAACUGCCAGCAGUGUGGCUGGUGAUCCCAUAUCAGAUGGCCGCAAACGCCGCUCCGAGGCGAACCAGUUGCGCCGAAGCAUAUUCGGCAAGAAACACGACCGACUCGGCGAGUCCAAGGAGGAUGACACGAUCCGGCGAUUCAGAUACCUCCUCGGCCUGACGGAUCUCUUCCGUCACUUCAUCGAGACCAACCCGGACCCCAAGAUCCGCGACAUCAUGGCCGAGAUUGAUCGUCAAAAUGCCGAAGCUGCUCGAGGCAAGAAGGGCGGCGCCAGACAGGGUGGGGCGACCAGCGAGAGGCGGCGACGCACCGAAGCCGAGGAAGAUGCCGAGCUUCUCAAGGAUGAGAAGCACGGAGGCUCCGCCGACACGGUCUUCCGCGAGUCUCCGUCCUUCAUUGACGGUACUAUGCGAGAUUAUCAGGUCGCCGGCCUUAACUGGCUCAUCUCACUGCAUGAGAACGGAAUUUCCGGCAUCCUGGCCGAUGAGAUGGGUUUGGGCAAGACGCUCCAGACAAUCUCAUUUCUGGGCUACCUGCGUCACAUUGCCGGCAUCACAGGCCCCCAUCUAAUCACGGUGCCCAAGUCCACUCUCGACAAUUGGAAGCGAGAGUUCGCCAAGUGGACACCCGAGGUCAACGUCCUCGUUCUUCAAGGCGCCAAGGACGAGCGUCACAACCUUAUCAAUGAGCGCCUUGUCGAUGAAAAGUUCGAUGUGUGCGUUACAAGCUACGAAAUGAUUUUACGCGAAAAGGCGCACCUGAAGAAGUUUGCGUGGGAAUACAUCAUUAUUGACGAGGCGCACCGAAUCAAGAACGAGGAAUCGUCCUUGUCACAAGUCAUUCGCCUAUUCUCCUCGCGAAACCGUCUAUUGAUUACCGGAACGCCUUUGCAGAACAACCUUCACGAGCUUUGGGCGUUGCUCAACUUCCUGUUGCCCGACGUGUUUGGUGACUCCGAGGCUUUUGAUCAGUGGUUCUCGGGUCAGGACCGCGACCAGGACACCGUUGUGCAGCAACUGCAUCGCGUUCUGCGUCCGUUCUUGCUCCGCCGAGUCAAGAGUGACGUUGAGAAGAGCCUUCUGCCCAAGAAGGAGGUCAACUUGUACCUGGGCAUGUCCGACAUGCAGGUCAAAUGGUACAAGAAGAUUUUGGAGAAGGAUAUUGACGCCGUCAAUGGCGCUGGUGGCAAGCGCGAGUCCAAGACCCGACUCCUCAACAUCGUCAUGCAGCUACGAAAAUGCUGCAACCACCCAUACCUGUUCGAAGGCGCCGAACCCGGACCCCCGUACACCACCGACGAGCACCUCGUCUACAACGCGGGCAAGAUGGCUGUUCUAGACAAGCUACUCGGCAGACUACAGAAACAGGGCAGCCGGGUGCUUAUUUUCUCCCAGAUGAGUCGUUUGUUGGACAUUCUUGAAGAUUACUGCGUUUUCAGAGAGUACAAGUACUGCCGCAUUGACGGAAGUACGGCCCACGAGGAUCGAAUUGCUGCUAUUGACGAGUACAACAAACCUGGCUCGGAAAAGUUUGUCUUUCUGCUGACGACCAGGGCUGGUGGCCUGGGCAUCAACCUUACUACUGCGGAUAUUGUCAUCCUCUAUGACAGCGACUGGAACCCUCAGGCGGAUCUGCAGGCCAUGGACCGUGCUCAUCGUAUCGGUCAGACGAAGCAGGUGGUGGUUUACAGAUUUGUCACCGACAACGCCAUUGAAGAAAAGGUACUCGAGCGAGCUGCCCAGAAGCUUCGUCUCGACCAGCUGGUCAUCCAGCAGGGUCGCGCUCAGAUUGCGGCCAAGGCUGCCGCGAACAAGGACGAGCUGCUGUCCAUGAUUCAGCACGGUGCCGAAAAGGUCUUCCAGACCAAGGGUGCAACGGGCAAUAUCGCGGACAGUGGCGCGGAUAUUAUGGACGACGACAUCGAGGAGAUUCUGGCGCAAGGCGAGAACCGGACAAAGGAGCUCAACUCCAAGUAUGAGAAGCUGGGCAUUGACGACCUUCAAAAGUUCACGUCCGAGUCGGCGUACGAGUGGAAUGGCGAGAAUUUCGCCAAUGUCAAGAAGGACAUCAGCCUGAAUUGGAUCAAUCCUGCCAAGAGAGAGCGCAAGGAACAGUCCUAUUCCAUGGACAAGUAUUUCCGGCAGGCCAUGUUUCCUAACCCCAAGGCCGACGCAAAGCCCAAGGCGCCCCGGGCACCGAAGCAGGUGCCAGUGCAUGACUACCAAUUCUACCCCCCUCGUCUCCGCGAUCUCCAGGACAGGGAGACGGCAUUCUAUCGCAAAGAGAUUGGAUACAAGAUCCCCUUGGCGGACGGAGACGAGGAGACUCUGUCAGAGCGCGAGGCCGAGCGGGCGCUGGACCAGCAAGAGAUUGACAAUGCAACCCCGUUGACGGAGGAGGAAAAGCAGGAGAAGGAGGAACUCUCCAACCAAGGCUUUGGCCACUGGAACAAGCGAGACUUCCAGCAAUUCGUCAACGGGUCCGGCAAGUAUGGUCGCACGGACUACGAGGGUAUCUCACAGGAAAUUGACAGCAAGACCCCGGCCGAGAUCAAGGCUUAUGCUAAGGUCUUUUGGCAGCGCUACACCGAGAUUGCGGAUUACAACAAGUACAUCAAGGUCAUCGAAGACGGCGAGGAGCGGACGCGGAGGAUCGAGAACCAGCGGAAACUCCUGCGCAAGAAGAUGCAGCAGUACCGGGUGCCGCUGCAGCAGCUCAAGAUCAACUAUUCCGUGUCGACGACGAACAAGAAGGUGUAUACCGAAGAAGAGGAUCGGUUCCUGCUCGUUUUGCUUGACAGGUAUGGUAUCGACUCGGAGGGCCUGUACGAAAAGAUGCGCGACGACAUCCGGGAGUCGCCUCUGUUCCGCUUCGACUGGUUCUUCCUCAGCCGCACGCCAACCGAGCUGUCUCGCCGGUGCACCACUCUGAUCACAACCAUCGUCAAGGAAUUUGAGGAUGUUCCGUCGUCCCGGGGUGCUAACGGCGUGAACGGCAAGACGAAGCGUGAUCCCGACGAGGAGAAUGACGAGGACAGCGUGCUGGGAAUGGCCCCUGCCAAGAAGAAGUCAAAGAACGGUGUUAAGAACAAGGCUCUUGACAACGUCAAGUCGAGCAAGGCUAGCUCAGCGGCGCCAUCCAGGGCCUCUAGCGUGGCAUCGUCUGCGUCAAACGCAGGCGCCAAGUCCAAAAAGGGCAAGGGAAAGAAGAGGUGAAGCGGGAAUACAUGGACAGAGGUUUUACAUGUUGGUUAUGAGGGCGCGGGUGUCGGAGUGAUAGAUUGGCGUUUUUGGCGGGCUUUUUGCGGGAUUUCCAGGCCAGUUCAGAGGGCUGUGAGGACUGGGAGGGAGACGGUGGCCGAGUCUUGCGUGUCACCCACCGCUACUAUUUCAAUUCAAUAAACAUGUGCAG